AUGGACGACGAGGACGGCGAACUGCGCAACCCAUUUCCUUCACCCCCGAGUCACUAUACGAAAUACACCAGCCACAACCUUGCCCUCCUUGCGCUGUAUCAAGAGCGCACUGCCGACGCGCAGAGCGCGAGCACCAAUCAGCAUCAAGUCCUUAAUGACCAGACUGACGUUCCCGAUUGGCCUCUCAUUCAGUUGGAAAAGCCCCGUGUAGAUUGGAUCCUCGAGGACCCUGAGCCAUACUAUGACGUUUUCGGGGAGCGGUGGUUCCUGAAAGAUCGAAUACCUUCCCUGGCUGAAAUGGGAGGCAAUCAGCUGUAUCCACAGGAUCCCUCUGUUGACCGUCGACCUGCGCUCUUGUCCAUUCUGCGGUCUCUGCUCGUGACAUAUUCGUCCUUGACCGCGUCUAUGCUUGCCCCUCCGCAAACUAUGGCCGCUUCCGGGCCGCCGGAGUGGGAGGGUAACGUCGAAUGGGUCACAGUACUCGGACAGAACCUUAUGGCAGCAGCUAAUGACUUGCGUCCCGUUCAGGCGAGAGGCAACCUUGAAGUUAUGCUGCAAAGGCAGCUUGAUCUACGCAGGAGCGAGACUCAGGCCCUGCACGAAAAAUGCGACCUGCUCGAGGCCAGAUUGAAUGAACUACAAAAAUCAGCGCAUGUUUUCUCAAGUCUGAGUGACACACGCUCAGCCGUGAAUAUGGAUGCCCAUGUUGCUUCGGCACCCCCGGGCAACAUGUACGAUGAAGUGAGGCUUUGGGCGGAGGAGGUGGAAUAGUGAUCGUCAGAGCCUAAUCUGCCCCAUCUCACCAUUCUGGUUGGCCCAUUCUGCCAGCUCUCCACUCGCCGCCUGGCGAGAAUUGACACAGUACUUCGUGCUGUGCCUACGAAUCCAGAUCCACUGGACUGGAUGACUGCGUCGAUCAGGAUUGGAUACCUGCGGAGCUGAGCACUCGCUUGUCGGUCAAGCGAAAUCACUUACCACUCUCCAUAUCGUUCUAUGGUCGAGCUAUGAUCUACUCGCCGCCAACCCAGUGCUUCUACCAGAUGCCACCAGUUUUCAUUUGUUUCGUCGCUUGUGACGAUGACGGACUUGGCUUCGAUGCCAUGGACUUGACUGAGCUCGUCUCGCACCUCGGUCACUCGGCGCUGGAUUGCGCCCAUAGGCGCGAAGCAGUUCUCCGGAAGAACAUCAUCUUCACACCAGUCUCGGAAAUCGCCGUGUCUGAUCGUCGCUUAAAGCUGCUCGCUGGCAUGACAGUCCUGAACGUACCUGACAUGCACUGUAAUGAACGGCGGGAUCUUCUCAUAGGAGUGCAGACCGAGACUGCGGCGGACAUAGUCUUCGGCGAGGACGGACAGUGUUUUUGUCCAUCGCAUGUGCUGUCCAACGAACCGCCAAGCCGGGCUACAGACGUUCAUGACUUGAAUGUGUGAUUGUCCUGCACGCACCUGUAAUCAAGCUCGAUCUCGUGUGGCUGGAUGGGCGCUCUUCAGUUUGUUGUCAACGCGUGCUAUCUCCGGCGAACCGACCUUGUACGCAGCGACGUAGUACAAGAAGUCGAAGCACAGCAGCUGGUCAUCAGGCGGCAGUGUGACAUUGUGCUUGUUGGGGAGUGGCGGCGAAAUGCUGGAUUCUCUGGCCGAGGGAUAUGCAAGAGUCGCCAAAGCCCAAAAGCUGCUGAACCUGUCGUUCUUGAUCUCUGGUCUCAUCUUGAUCCACUCCGGGGUCUUGGUGUACGAGACAUCUGCAACGGAUCCAUCGAUUGUAGGGAAGUCGCAUAUGUGCGAAGGGACGAACCGAGCUGCAAAUCCCAGGUCGAAUAACUCUGCCUCGGAUCGGCAUCUUCAUAUUGGACGGACUGCCAAACGCUCCAGCAUCCGAGAUCGUCGAGCGACAUUCGUUCUGGAGCCUACGCGCGAAUCAAUUGUGCUUCGUAAUCUCAGCCGUUGCUCGCUCUGACCUUAACCUCCCGCCAUUCCAAGAUGGGAAUAUUGGCUGUCUUGCGGAGAUACGGCAGGUCAAACACUUCGGUGAAAGGCAGUGUUGCAAACUCCGUUCCGACCGUGGUGAGCAUGAGCCGUGAGGGCAGGAAGUCCGGGAGCAGCGCAACACGUUCGGUAAUCAAGCCCAGAUAUAUGAGGUUCAUCUGUAGAGGUUUCAGCUAGGAUAUAAUUGGGAGAAACAUGACUCGACUGCGCCAAUCACGUCAUUGGCUGAGCAAGCGUUCAGUACCAGAGGAGAGUGGAUGUAUGCACUUACUCCAGCCCCCGGAGCCCCAUGCUGUGACAUAUUUCGUGUCCGAGCGCAAAUUGUCUAGGAGUAUCGCAGCCUGAGUGUACAUACUAUCUCUGUAUGAAUUCAGCUGACCUCGGAACGAAUUUGUUGGAGGACCCUUCAAGGAUGUCAUAGAGUCAAGCCGAUCCGAGUUUGAG